CCCCCCUUCCCGUUUAGCUGCGUAGAGGGGCGGCGUUCCAUCAUGGCGUCGUCCAUGUGAGGCGAAAAACGCGUCAGGUUCCGCAGGAUAAAAAAAUGCUGGAACUCCAAAGAUAAAAUAGUAAGUUAAGAAAAUGCCUGCUGUCUGUGAUUCCCUCCUUGGAGACAUUGAAGAUAUCAUCUCAGAGCAAGACCCAAAGCCGCAAGACCUGCAGUUCAGGAGAAAAAAUGUUAUUCCUAAAGUGCGAAAACGCCAUUCACAAAAAAAUGUAGAAACAGAUUAUGAUGAUCCCCCAAGUGACAGUGUCAUUCCUGGUGUACAGAAAAUUUGGAUACGCACAUGGGGAUGUUCUCAUAAUAGUUCAGAUGGAGAAUACAUGGCUGGACAACUGGCUGCAUAUGGAUACAGAAUUACAGACAAUGCUGCAGAAGCUGAUCUGUGGCUCCUGAACAGCUGUACUGUUAAAAGCCCUGCUGAAGACCACUUUAGAAACUCAAUUAAGAAAGCACAAGAAGAAAAAAAGAAAGUUGUUCUAGCUGGAUGUGUUCCACAAGCCCAGCCUCGACAAGACUACCUACAAGGCCUGAGUAUCAUUGGGGUUCAGCAGAUAGAUCGUGUCGUAGAAGUUGUUGAGGAGACUAUCAAAGGUCACUCUGUGAGAUUGCUGGGUCAGAAAAAGGAUAAUGGAAAACGGUUGGGGGGAGCGCGAUUGGAUUUGCCAAAGAUUAGAAAGAACCCACUGAUAGAAAUAAUUUCCAUCAAUACAGGGUGUUUGAAUGCAUGUACCUACUGCAAAACUAAGCAUGCCAGAGGAGAUCUCGCAAGUUAUCCUAUUGAAGAACUGGUAAACAGAGCCAAACAAUCCUUUCAAGAAGGGGUAUGCGAGAUAUGGCUGACCAGUGAAGACACAGGGGCUUAUGGAAGAGACAUUGGCACAGACCUCCCUACUCUCCUAUGGAAGCUGGUUGAAGUAAUCCCUGAAGGAGCAAUGCUAAGACUUGGCAUGACGAACCCUCCCUAUAUUUUAGAGCAUCUGGAGGAAAUGGCAAAAAUUCUCAACCAUCCAAGAGUCUAUGCAUUUCUUCAUGUACCAGUUCAAAGUGCCUCUGAUAGCGUACUCAUGGACAUGAAGAGGGAAUACUGUGUGGCGGACUUCAAAAGGGUAGUGGAUUUCCUUAAAGAAAAAGUGCCUGGAAUAACAAUUGCCACAGACAUCAUUUGUGGGUUUCCAGGGGAAACAGAUGAAGAUUUUCAAGAAACCAUGAAGCUUGUAGAAGAGUACAAGUUUCCAAGUCUUUUUAUUAACCAGUUUUACCCACGCCCUGGGACUCCUGCUGCAAAAAUGCAUCAAGUUCCAGCCCAAGUAAAAAAACAGAGAACGAAAGAACUGUCAAGAUUGUUUCACUCGUACAACCCAUAUGAUCACAAGAUUGGGGAGAAACAAAAUGUUCUUGUGACAGAAGAAUCAUUUGAUUCCAAGUUUUAUGUUGCUCAUAAUCGAUUCUACGAGCAGGUACUUGUGCCAAAGAACCCUGAGUUCAUGGGUAAAAUGGUAGAAGUGAACAUUUUUGAAGCAGGGAAGCACUUUAUGAGGGGGAGCCCAGUGUCGGAUGCCAGAGUGUUCACCCCGUCUAUCACUAGGCCAUUAGCCAAAGGAGAGGUGUCUGGUUUAACAGAGGAGUUCAGACAUGCACUGGAGAACAGCUCAGAAUCAAAAGCCUGUCCAUCUGCUGAGAGGCAUAAAGGACCAUUGAGCUACAGGAUGGCGAUGCAGUUGCCUUGGCAACAAGGGGGAGGUGUACUGAAGGCGCUGUCACUAAGUGUGACUCUUCUGGCAGUCCUUAUUGCCUUUUACUAUCGAGGUGUUUAAGUGGAAAUCUGAACUGAAUGAUGACAUCGUCAGGAAAUAUAACAAGAUGGUUGGAAACGUCAGAGUAAAAAGUCGGACAAUUUAUACGCCAAGGCCUUACCUUGUAAACAUAAUCUAGAUAAAACUCUCCUACAUUGGUAUAAGUUAUUUAGUUAUUUUUCCAAGAUCAAGUUAACAGGCUUUUCCAUGCUUUUCCAUUUUAAAAGAAAGUGUUUGUCUACAUAUACCAGGUUCAUAUUUGCCACCCAUAGGUGUAUGUUUUAGAAAAUUAAGUUAUUGAAGUAUUUUUCUUAAGUCAAACAGUUGAUAAUGCGCUUAUGUGAAGCCUUAUUAAACUUUCUCUCUUAAUGUACCUAGAAACAUGUCAUCUUUUGUGUUUUAAUGAAAUGUUCAGUUCAAAAGUUGCUGGGCAUUCAGACUAUAAAAGUUGUAACUAUU